CUGGUGGGGAACGGAACAGGAGACAGGUUGCGAUAAGCCAACCGAUUGACUGUGGCCAUCAAUGGACCUGCCAAAUCGUCAUCCCGCUGUCGGUGCGCGCAUUGCUCACUCCAUCCACCCCUUGGAAUCCGAACAUGGAGCGUUGCUGUUCUCUGCCUGCACGUCUGAGCUGCAUCGCCAUCUGCGCGCCAGUCGUCGACCCUUAGGCUCUCUUACCGGCACCCGCCGUCUCUUCUCUCCUCCGCGGGCAGGCAGGACAUGGAUUUUCUCAAGUCGGCCGUGGCCUCGGCCAUAGCCAAAGGGCCCCCUUUUCCCUACACCUUUGGGGACCGUGUGGAUCUGGACCAGUCCAUCUGGACGCUCUACAACGGCACGCGUCGCGAGGACGGCUCCAACUGCAGCAUCUUCUCUUUCGACAUCACCGCCAACAAGGCCCGACUGCCGCUCGCCAAGAACUCGUUGAAGAAGUUGCGCACGCUGCGACACCCAGGAGUCAUCAAGGUCUUGGACACGGUCGAGACCGACACAUACAUCUACAUUGCUACGGAGCGCCUGGUGCCCCUGAGGUGGCAUGUCAAGAGAAAGAGCCUCAGUCCCGAGACUCUUAAAUGGGGCCUGUACAGCGUGGCGCGCACGGUCAAGUUCAUAAACGACGAAGCAUCCUCGAUUCACGGAAACCUGACGGUCUCGUCCAUAUACACAUCCGAAAGCGGGGAGUGGAAGUUGGGCGGGUUUGACGUCUUGAGCAAUGUCAAGGACGACGACGCCAUAAUUUAUACAUACGGUAGCUUGGUGCCAGAUUCGGCCAGGUAUGCGCCCCCUGAGCUUGCCAAGUCAGGGUGGGAUGCCAUCAAGAAGGGUCCACACACAGCCGUGGACUCGUUCAACUUUGGCACCCUGAUCUUCGAGGCCUUCAAUGGCGACUACCUAGGCUCGGACCAGGCCGGUCAGACCAAGAAUGUGCCCCCAAGUAUGCAAGCAAGCUACAAGCGGCUUGUGAACGCCAAUCCCAAAGCCCGGCUUAGUGUCGGGCAUCUACUGGAUCAGGGCCUGCGCCGUGGCGCCUUCUUCGACACGCCUUUGAUCAAGUUAACCGACGGUGUUGACAACCUGGGCGUUAUGUCCGAGACUGAGCGUGAUGAGUUCCUCGGCGACCUCGAUCAAUUGACGGACGACUUCCCUGAAGACUUCUUCAAGAUGAAGGUUCUCCCCGAACUGCUCAAGUCAGUCGAGUUUGGAGGCGGCGGUCCCAAGGCUUUUGCAGUGGUUAUGAAGAUCGCGCAGAAGCUCUCGAGCGAAGAUUUCGACGCCAAGAUAACUCCUGUUGUCAUCCGCCUGUUCAGCAACCCGGACAGGGCCAUCAGAGUCUGCUUGUUGGACAAUCUUUCUCUCAUGAUUGACCGGUUGAGCCAGAAGGUGGUUAAUGACAAGAUCUUCCCCCAACUGGUCACGGGAUUCACAGACAUGGCGCCCGUGGUUCGCGAGCAGACCCUAAAGUCGGUUCUGGUCAUCAUCUCCAAGCUGUCGGACAGGACCAUAAACGGGGAACUGCUGAGAUAUCUGGCCAAAACGGCGAAUGAUGAGCAGCCUGGGAUCCGUACAAACACAACCAUAUGCCUCGGAAAGAUUGCCAGGAAUCUGGGGACCUCGUCCAGAUCCAAGGUCUUGAUAGCCGCCUUCAGCAGGUCUCUGAGGGAUCCCUUUGUCCACGCCCGCAAUGCCGCUCUCCUCGCACUGGGGGUCACCAGUGACUGCUUCACCGAUGAGGACUGUGCCGCCAAGCUGGUGCCUGCUAUCUGCCCGCUUCUGAUUGACAAGGAGAAGCUUGUGCGUGAGCAAGCCGACAAGACGCUGGAAACCUAUCUCCAAAAGAUACGCAAGGCUGCCGCCGCCAUGCCGGACACGGCGAUGCCUCCGGAGAAGGCCCCCGACGGCGUCCCACGCAUGAGCACGCCGCAGCCUACCGAGUCCGCCGCCGCUAGCUGGGCUGGCUGGGCCAUUUCCUCCUUCACCAAUAAGCUGUCGGCUGCCGCGGGCGAGAUGCAGUCAGAAUCUGGGUCUGGCGGCCCUCAGGGAUCGACGGUACCGUCCCGACCAGGCCUAGCCCCUCCGACCUCGUCGGCAUCGGCGCUCCAUCGGCAGGCUGUCAGGUCGCCCUCGGCAACCCCAGCACCGGGCUCUGUCAGGAGCACUAGUGGGGCGUCCCCGGCGUCCGUGUCGGAGGCGUUCUUUCUAGACGCCGUGGCUGAUAAUGAUGGCUUCGGCGCCGAUGCCUGGGGCGACAUGGACGAUGAGGACGGCGCCGAGGAUGCCAGCUCGGCACGGUCCAUGUCCGGCUCGACCUCGCUGCCAACCAAGGAGGCGGCGAACGCGGUGCCAUUCUCAGCGACGGACGACGCCGAGCCGGAUUUUGCAGGCUGGCUCGCUGCCCAGGCGUCCAAGAAAACGGCCGGCAUUGGUGGCGCGAAGCCCUUGCCCAAGGGCCUGUCCAAGGGUAGUGUAGGCGGCAAGACCACGGCUGGUACCAAGAAGCCGCCAGUCAGGACGACACCGGCUGCCACCAAACCAGCCGUCGCCAAGAAAAUCGACAUGAAGCCCAAGGAGCCCGCCGACGACGACGACGGGUGGGGCGACGGAUGGUAAGGAUAGCGUCAGGGGCUUGGGCGGGGUAGAGCGGCUAUGGUCAGGAUACCAUCCAAUUUAUCUAGUCAGUAAUAUGGAGCUGGGGGCACCGUUUUUUUCGGGCUUUGGGCUCAAACCAGGGGGACAAGAUGUUGGGAAAUAGAAACAAAUCUCAAGGUCAAUUCGAGAGCAAAGAAAUCGUCAGCGAUACAGAGAUAUAACAAACGGCGCAACAGCUGGGCUCCAACCAAACGCC